UUUUUUUCUUUUUUUUUCAUUACAUAUACAUAUUUAUAUAUGAUAUAAGCCUACUAUUCAUUCCCCCCCCCCCUCGGAGAAUGGCAACAGUACCUACUGAGAAAAAGCAAAACUUAUUACAAAGAAAUGGAAGUCAAUUAUUAAAACAUGCUUCUCGUUUAAAAAGAUCUUUAUCGACAACAAAGUCAGUUAAUACUAAUUUUGUUACUUCAGAUACAACUAUUGAUCAUAUCUUAGAACUAUAUACAUAUACUACUACAAAAAAUAAUAAUGAAGACUCUUAUGUUUCCUCAGCAACAAAAAAACAUAAUAGCAUAGCACAAACAUCACCACCUCAAACACAUAACAAAGAUAAAUAUUAUGUACGCAAACACUAUCCAGGAUCCUUAUCUUCUAUUGCAUACGAAAUGAAAUGCUGUAUUAUUCUCUCUGAUAGAAUUAAGAAUGAAAUUCAAUAUAGCAAUGUUUUUGAUGGAAAAGAAGCUGUGGACAUUUUAAAGAAAGUGUUGGGAGUCAAUAAUCGUUUUAUUGCUCUACAAGUCGGUCGUGCAUUAGAAUCACAACGUUUCUUUCAUGAAAUAAAUUAUGAAAAAUCAUUCAUGGAUGAUAUUACAGAAUUAUAUCAAUUUAAUGAGUUACUCUUUUAUCAUCACCCUGUAACUUGUAAUCAUCGUACCACCAGUAAUAGUAGCAGUAGUAUGACUACUACUACUACUACUACUACUACUACUACUACUACUACAGCGACAGAUUUAUUUCAUCCUACUACUGCACUUUCUUCUUCAACUAUUAAUAGUGAUGAAGAAGUGGAUGAUAGUCUUACAGAUAAAGAAUGGUCCACUCGAACUUGCCAACAACAGCAAUUACCCAACGGAGUUUACACAGAAUUAACCUAUUGUUACUCACCUACCUGUAAUAAUAGCCUAUACCCGUGUUACAGUUACACCUGCCCAAAAAAAGGAAGAUCGCAUAACAGCAGUAAUGAUCAUAUUGAUACACAGCAAAUAGCAACAACAACAACAACAACAACAGCAUCUCAUAUUUAUAAAACUGCAAAGAAUCAGCCUUUAUGGAGUCAAACAGUUGAAGACUAUAUCGUAAUAUCGAUGCCUGCAAUAGAAAGAAAAAGACAAGAAACGAUUUUUGAAUUAAUUUAUACAGAACAAAACUUUUUAAAAGAUUUAGAUUAUGUUAUAAAGAUGUGGUUAGAGCCUUUAAAAAGCAGUGAUAUCAUCCCUCAACGAAAAAGAAAUAGCUUUAUCGAUAAAGUGUUUUCAAACAUAAUAGAAAUUCGUGAUAUAAGUACAGAAUUAAUGUGGGCCCUAAAGACAAGACAGGAAAGACAUCCAAUUGUUUCACAAAUAAGUGAUAUAAUGCAGCAGUUUGUGGAUCAAUUUGAACCUUUUGUAUAUUAUGGUGCAAAACAACAUGAAGCAAGGCACACUUAUGAACAUGAAAGAUAUAAUAAUCCCCAAUUUGCUGUAUUUGCUGAGCAAACAGAAAGAAAUAUUAUAUCACGUAAAUUAGAACUUAAUGGGUACCUUACCAAGCCAACCACACGAUUAGGAAGAUACACAUUAUUACUUGACAAAAUAUACACUUACACAACAUCUCCUUAUCAUCCUGAUAAAGUUCAACUACCUAAUGUCAUAAAUACCAUUAAACGCCUCUUACAACGCGUCAAUCAAGCUGCAGGUACAGCUAAAAUGAAGUUCGAUUUGAAGCAAAUCCAUCGGCAUUUAAGAUUUAAGAACAAAAAAGAUAGUGUUGAUCUGAGGCUGCUAGACCCCAAACGAAGUAUUAUUAAACAAGGCAUCUUGAGAAAGUCUCCAAGCUUAAACUCAACUGAAUAUCAAAUUAUUUUAUUUGAUCAUUAUUUAAUAGUUGCAAAAAUCUCAAGAAUCAAUGCAUCCGAAUAUUAUUGCAUUCAAAGGAGGCCAAUACCUAUUGAAAUGCUAGGAAUCCUACUGCCUCCUCUAAUGAAAAAUACAAAUUUACAUAGAAAACGAUCUGCAACACAAACUUUAUUAUUUUCGACACCCAUGUCUUCAAGUCCUUCUCCAUCAUUAAAUAACAAGAUUUCACCAUAUAAGUCUAUCAUUAUAGAUCAAUCUAGUAUGGUUUUUCCUAUACAAUUAUAUCAUCUAGGAAAGAAUUUAGAAGACGCUUAUACACUAUAUGCGCCUAAUGAAUCAAAUCGAAAAGCCUGGUAUGAAGCUAUUCAAAGGCAGCGUGAUAUAAAGCUUAUAAAACAACCACCUAUCUUUAAUACAGUAGAUCGAAUUAAACAAUAUGAAUUCUUUGCUGACAUCAAAAUACAUCAUAUGACUAUCUUUGCUGAAGGUAAACAGUAUUUACUAGGAACAGAUUCAGGCUUAUAUAUGGGAUAUAUUGAUGAUAAUUCCAAUAAUACAAUUAUACCACGCAAAAUUAUUCCACUUGAUAACGUUCAUCAAGUUCAUAUCCUUGAAGAAUACCGACUUCUUCUUGUACUGGCUGAUAGAGUUCUCUGGCAGUAUCCGUCUGAUAUUAUCGUCAACAGUAUUGACGGGAACAGUAUCCAAAAUUUUGGAAGAAAAAUUAGGACUCAUGUAUCUUUCUUUCAUGUUGGGGUCUGUUUAGGUCGUACCUUGAUUUGUGUUCCUAGAAAAUCAAGUUCUAUGAAUGGAACUGAGAUUGAUCUUUAUGAGCCAUCCAUACCCAAGAUGAUAGAAACAAAAAGGAAUUUAUCUGCUUUAAAAAGCUUCAUGCGUUUGUCUACAAAUCAAUUUUCAUUUAUGAAUACACAAGUAACGCAUUUGAAGCCGAUUUAUAGUCCUUGUGAUGUAUGGGCUCUAGAUAAUACUUCAUCCAUUUUGUUAUUAACAACUCCAGUGGGCAUUAUUACAGUAGAUAUGAAAACAAAAAAGCCUGAAGCUCUACUUGAUCCAUCAGAUAAACAUCUUCACUUUAUCACAAAAAAUGAAAAAGUAGAUGAACAGAUAAAAUUAAAUCUUGCUAUUAAACGAAUAGCUUUAUUUCAAGUUCCAAAUGGAGAUUAUCUUAUUUGCUAUGAUAAGUACGCAUUUUAUAUUGAUAAAAAAGGAAGAAGAACUCAACAUCAGUUUAUAAUUGAAUGGGAAGGCAAUCCAACAGCAUUUGCUUACUAUCAUCCUUAUAUUAUUGCCUUUGAACAACAGUUUAUUGAGAUAAGAAGUGCUAUUGAUGGUCAUUUGGAACAAGUUAUACAAGGGAAAAAUAUUCAUUGCUUACAGAAUGGACAUAAAUCAAAAGGUGCUUAUAUUUUAGGAACAAUGCUUGAUAAGACAAAUGCUAUUUACCAAUGUAUAUUUGAAUUAAAGCCCAAUAUAUAAUAAAACGAUAUACCCAAUAUGUAAACACACAG